GUAUUACUAAACAACAACUGAAUAAUUCGGGGUAAUUCGUCGAGAAACUUCUUUACAAUCCAAUGAUAUGUUCACGUCGGAUUCUAUCAGCCUGCUUAUAUCUAUGCCAGUGAUGUAAACUUUAUAACGAUAAUACAGUUAGCAAAUAAAUUUAGUACCAGAAUGAAAAUAUAAUAGUUUGAUUGUUAAAAACACGACGUUUCGAGCAUGUACUCGUUAUCCAUGGCUUUGUUAUUUUGAGCAUGUACUCGUUUGAGACUUACAUCAUAUGGUUACAUCAUAUCAUUUUAAAGCUACAACAGCUUUAUUAAAAUAGACAGGUUGCAAAAAUUGAGUUUUUUGUCAGUAUGUGGGUUGUUUUUGUGGGUAUAAUUCCGAAAUUGUAAGGAUUUGUAGGGAUAAUUGAGGAAAAAGCGUAGGGGGAAAGUAGGGAGAAAACGCGUGCGCUGUAGGUAUAUCUGACAGGGGCAACCAAUGACAUGAUAUCAGUGGUGGCAACCCUGGUCGUCAGAGCCUCGUUACGAAAUCACACUGUGUUGUAGUGUUGUGCGUGUUGUGCUCUAUGUUUUUUUCGUAGACUACAUGACUAAAAACUUGUGAUCGAUAGGCGAUGUUAGCAUUAUGUAGCUCUCUAGAGAAGAAAUGGGUAGGAAGGACAAUUAUAAUAUGAAUUAGCUGUCAGGAUGGAAUUAUCAAGGCAAUGUUGUGGAUGAAACUUGUGGCCUAAGUCGAAGAGCAGAUGGCGAGUGUUGAAGAACAGAUACGGUAGAAAUUCUAAGUCAUCUAUCCACCACGGCAGUCAAAUCCUUAUUGUAUCAUUACCUACAAAGCGAAAAUGAUAGAUCAAGCAUAUACAUAUAUUGGAGCAGCACUGGAGAAAAUAAAAGAUAUUUCUCCGCCCAUACGACUUCGCGACCUGACAUCAAGGGCAGGUUUCUCAAAGACGUUAUUAAACGAGUAUGAUAUCAUUACAAGCAAUUCAAACAUACCAGAUAGUUCAAGCGAUGAAGAAGAUGAUGAGCUUGGGUAUGCAGUUGCCCCCAGUAUUCCCUUUCCAGCCAUUAGGAGAGCCAUUGAUGCUGUUUCUACAUCCGAGCCAGAAUUUCCUAAACUUUUUCAUCGAGUUAACGAUUCUCUGUCAAGUGACUCGCUGUCAGUGAUUCAACAACCACAUCGGCUGCAGUGCGAGCCCCUCGAUGCUGACUGGUUCGAGAAUGCAGAGGAGAUCGAAUCCCGGAGUGUGUACAGGAAAGUUGCAAACUGGGUAUUCUCUCAGCGUAAUUACUUUGCAAAAAUUGACAUGACUGACGAUGACAUCGAAGUUAUUGAUCCAAUUGAUUUAUUUCACGAUUCCUUGCUUGAUGAAUUUUUACUGGUUACAAGAUCAAGUUCAGAGAAAAGGGUUUUACUUCGGGAGUUUACAAGACAUUACUAUGAUAUGUUGUCAGUAGCAGAAGCGCUCAGAAGAUAUGAAUACGACUUUUUGCGAAAACCUGCGGAAAAUGCCUCUUUGGAAAUGAUGGAUUUUGUCGCAGAUGAUGUUGUUUGUUCCAAGAUGGAGCAACCGUAUUUGGGAAUUGAGACAGUGCUACAAGACUAUAUCGUUAUUGACAGGGAUGGUAGUGAAAUUGACACAGACGCUAACUGGAAUCUCGAGGCUAUUGAAAAUGACAGUGCUACUACAGAAGGUGAUCAAGUAGAUAUUAAGGAUUACAAGACCAAUGAAACUGACAUAUUGUCUUUACGAUGCAGUGAAGUUUUGCCGCCGACUCGAUAUUCUGAUGACUGUUCUUCCGUGACGUGUCCCACUGAUGCCUUUGAAAUAACUACAACGGUUGUAGCUGACAACGUCAGUGAAAGCGUGGAAAACGAGAGUGACAUUUGGGAAGACGCUAAGGCAAUCCCACAUUGGCUUGAUCACGAAAUCGAGGAGCACUUAUUUAGCCAACCUCAUCGCCCCUUGUAUUAUUAUCGCGACAGAAUUAAAGGAUGCUAUAGAAUUAUUGGUGUUGAGGACGAAACGGUCGUUUUAUUUUCAGGCAAUGAUGACGACUCGAUAUUUUAUGGUGCUGAGGGAGGAGAGAUCAACCGAACUGACAAAAGCAUUUUGCGAAGACCAAAUUCCCCUCUUCUAAUGAAAUCAUCAAGCAGUUUGGGUAAAAAAGCAUUGUUUUUGUCCUCCAACAGCAAUAAGCUGCAGCGAAGGAGCAAAGAUGUUCCUGUUGAAAAGAAAACAGACUCUGGAAUUGAAGAUGCGGAAGAUUGUUCUCUAGAUGACACCUUUACAGAAACAUCACUUUCUGCUAAGGAAUGCCGCGAAUUAGGAAGAGUCACUAAAGUGAUUCGCAGUAAAGAAUCAAAAACCGUCAAGUUUCAGCUGGACAAUCCCGAACGGACGUUCUUAGAGUACUGCUUUGUUGUUUUGGCAACUCUAUGCUUUGUACUUUCGUUGAUUUUUUAUAUCGAAACUAAUUUUUGAAAGCUUAUGCAAA